CAUCACCCCAUGUACCCCAUCGCCAAGAGAGAGUUGUUAGCUGUAUUCUUUCAGUCUUCAAAGUCCUUUCUUUCCACCCAAGUUAGAAUUUUCUUCCUGGUUCGGAAUGUCUGGUGUUUGGGUUUUCAAGAACGGAGUGGUUCGCCUGGUUGAGAACCCUGGGGCUGAGUCAAUGGAUGGAAGCCGACAGGGCCCCAACAUCCGGCGCAAAGUGCUGGUGCACACCCCUUCGAACGAAGUGAUCACUUCCUACGCGGUUCUAGAGCGCAAGCUAUCGUCUCUUGGGUGGGAGAGGUACUACGACGACCCUGAUCUUCUCCAGUUCCACAAACGCUCCACCGUCCAUUUGAUCUCUCUCCCCAAGGAUUUCAGCAAGUUCAAGUCCAUGCACAUGUACGACAUCGUCGUCAAAAACCGUAACGCGUUUGAAGUUAGGGAUAUUUAGUACGUUGUAGUGUAGCACUUUGUGUUCAUCUUUCUUCUCCUUCUCCUUCGUUCUUUGUUUGUGUUGAAUGUGAUGAGUUUGUUCUUCGAGCUUCCUAUAUGGGUAUUGGUUUUCAAAAUGGAAUAUGUUGAAGGGUAAAGCUUGUGGGGUUUGUGCAAUUAGGUUAAGGAAGUUAAUGUGCCUAAGAUUGUUUGCUUGGUUAGUAGCUGUGUGUAUUGCUUUGUCUUCCUUCUGGACAUUACUAUUGUGAUUAUGAAUGAAAAUUGAUGUUUCUUUGUGUGCUUCA